UGGUUUGUUGUCGCUCUCUCCCCUCGGGCUCUGCCGCGAGGGCGGGGUCACAUGACGGGAGCGGAGAGGACAUCACGUGAGGCGGGAGAGAUGGCGGCUCCCGCGGAUGGCGCUGACCUGGAGGCCUCGCUACUGAGCUUCGAGAAGCUGGACCGCGCCUCCCCGGACCUGUGGCCGGAGCAGUUGCCUGGGGUUGCUGAGUUCGCCGCCUCCUUCAAAAGCCCUAUUACAAGUUCCCCUCCCAAGUGGAUGGCUGAAUUAGAAAAUGACGAUAUUGAUAUGUUAAAGGAGUUGGGGAGCCUCACUACAGCUAACCUGAUGGAAAAAGUUCGUGGCCUGCAGAACCUGGCUUAUCAGCUGGGACUGGAUGAAUCUAGAGAAAUGACUCGAGGGAAAUUCCUGAACAUUCUGGAAAAACCCAAAAAGUAGCUGCUACAUCUGAAGUUUGGACAAAAAUACCCCAGCUAGAUCAUUUUAUGUACUGCGGAUACAGAUGAAACCCAGAACUUCUAAGAAGUACAAAGCUUUUGCUCUAGACCUUCAGAAGCAAACAUCACUUUUUGCUUCCACAGCUCAUUUCUUUACAGAGGAAAUGUAUUGCAUACACAGGUCACAAGGACUACAAUUGGUUGUGUUGGAAUUUGGACUUCAUCUGACCCAAAGAUAUCCAACAGGAGGACUUAGCCCUGACCUGCUGUGGCAAGGUUACCUGUCCUAAUCAGCUAUUCGCAGGGAACAGCCAUAGUGUCCUUACUCAAUUGCUCUCAGUGGCAGCACUGUUUGAAGUACACAGCAGACCUGAAAGUGGCCUCAUGAGACAUUGACCCUUUUGAGCAUCUUUUCUUAGAUGCACUGAUUUCCUAUGUGCAACUUCUGUACUGAAAGGUUUGAGCAUAGUUUGGGGUGUGGAUUGACCAAGAGCACUGGUUCAGCAGGAGCAUAUGCUUUUAGUGUAGAAGCUGAAUGCAGUCUGUGCAUUAGAUUCAAGUUACUCACUGCCUUCAGAGAAGCAUGUCUGAUACUCCGAGGAGGACCUCCAGCCCUCCGGUGUACCAGCAGCUUCAUUUCGCUGCCAAAUGGUUCUCUAGUGAAAUUGAGACUGACAGACCAUAGGGAGUAAGAGGUAUUACUGUGGCAUGAAAGAAAAUAUCCCUACAGAAAGUUCAGUGGUACACAAAAGGAACAGCUUUGUCAGUCCACUGCCGUUCUCUGCUUCUUACAGAGCUAGAAACUAAAGAAAGUUACGAAGUUGAAAGGCGGUAAUAUUUCCAGUCAGCACUCCAAGAAGGGCCAACAGGACUGUUAGUCACAUUGCGAGGAUGGUCUGCUUAUACAGAAUCUUACCAUUUCUGAAAAUAAUAUUUGGUGGUAUUUUUAAUCACUUCUAAAACAGCAACCCCCAAAUUUUCUUUCCCUACAAAUGCAGAGUUUUUAUACAGAAUUUUCUGUGACCUGGUCUCUUUCAGCGUACAGUUUUGGGCUUUAUUAAUCUUAGUUUUUAAUGCCUUUUCCUUCCGUUAAUGCACUUAUGCAUGUUCACCCCUGAGAAGAGAGUGAAGGAACAUGGUCAGACUUUUUGUUUUAUUUAAGAGAAGAACUUAUUCAUUUCAUCCUCUUUCUUUGUCCUAGGAAACAACAUUUUAAGCAUUAGUAAAUAUGUUCUUUUUUAGGGCGCAACAUAAUAUUCAAGCAUUGGAUGAACAGCAGGGGCUUCUCUCUAUUUAGAGAUGUUAUUCUUAGCAUGCAGGCUUUUUAAAACUUGUCAUUUUCCAGGCUGCAGUCACAUGUGAAAGGAGAAAUUACUUGGAAAUAGUACAUGUAACAGCCUGUCCUUAAAGCAUUGCAUUUUUCUGUCUUUGCAGAGAGAAGAGGCUCUUCUCAGAUGUAUGUGCAAUAAAGAGGAGGAGAUUUUUUUAACCAAAUUCACCUCUCAGAAUUUUUACUAAAAUGCUGGUGGCCUUUUGGUUUCAGUCUGUAAUCUUGGUUAUUACUGGUCAGAACUAGGCUCAUUUUGGACAGCUCCUUUAAUCUAAGUUUAAGCAGUUAAAUCCCACAUCCCAGAAAGACCCUGCACAAAUCCUGAAUAUUUAGGAAUGUCAGGAGUCUGAUUUUAACUUAAUGGAUUUAUUUCUGUACUUCACAAUUUAUGCAAGGCUGAGCUUAACAGGAACUCCAUCUCUUGAGAACAGGAGAGUUAAGACAGAUGAAUGUAAAGAGAAGCUCGAAGUGAUAAUUCAGAGACAGAGAGAAAACCUGCUGGUGUGAACGGAUGUUGAUGUAGCUUUAAGUAUUAAAUUAUACCUUUUGAAUGAAACUUUAAGUUUGUGUACUAUAUGUAUAAUAUAUAUACACAUAUAUGACAUAAUGGGAUACUUCAUCUGCAUCACCACUAUGAGUUUGUGCAUUUUAUAGAGGUUUGUUGUUCCAACAUAUUAAGGAGUUGAUAUCCGAAAGGAGGAGGAAUAUAGGAGAAGAUAUGAAAGCCUGGCAUGAAAGUGUAUGUGUAUUUUCUGAUAUGUUCAGUAAGGCAUUUUGAACUUUCAGUAGUUUUUAGUAACAUGCAAGUGUUUUUAAAAACAAACAAAAAAACCCUUUUAUUAUAUGCAAUACUUACCUUCUAUAGGGCAGCCAGUAACAUAUGCUUUAGAAUAGUGAUAUUUAUUGGCUUUGUACUUGUCAUCUGUAGAGAUGAGUGAUGUAUUUUUUUUACUGGUAAUAUUUAUGUAUUUUUGUGUGUUAGCCAGAGGAUUGUAAUUUGUCUAUUAUUGGUUUGUGGUUUGAUAAUAAACAAAUGCAAAGCUCAGAGAUUUGUCUGGGUUUCCAAAGUAGCCCUCUGAGAUGCAAAAGCUUUGGCUUAGCCACUUAGGCAAUACUUUUCCUCAGGCUUUUCACACUUCUGCAUGCCACUACCUAAGGGUUUGGCCUGUGGAUACUCCAUUCCUAUCAGUAAAUUAAUGUUUGGCAAUAUCCAAAUGGUACUAAGGGUUUUCAUACCCUUUUGAAUCCUGUUUUUUGCCUUCCCUGAUGUCCUUCCUGACAUCCCUGCAGUAUCUAUCUAUACAAGAAAAUCCAUGUGACUUUUUGUUCCUGAUAACAUUCUGUAUUUUGAAACAAACAACAACAAAAAAGUUUUGAUAAAUGGUGGAAAUGAAGUGUGUAAGAAAAUCAAGAUUUGGUAAUAUUAAUUAAGCUAAUUCAUGGCUUUAUUUUUCAUGUGUUGGUAUGGUAAACGUUACUGUGAGGUUCUUAGAAAUAAACCCAAUAUGUAUUUAGUUCCUUUUAAAUACCAGUGUUGCAUAUAUUCAGUUGUAAAGGCUAUUUACUUCAAUAUCAAAUGCUUUGCUGUUUAAUCCAACUGGGAAGAAAUUCUUGUUUGUUAUGUUAAUCAUUAUGAUAAUAGAAGUCUAGUUGCACUGGCAACUGAAGAGCACAAUAUUCCAUUUAUCUCAGCGUUUUGCCAUUACAAAUUUAACAGGUUUUGAACAAUCCUAUAACCUAUAGUUCUCAACUUCACUUUGUAUUUCCCUCAACAAGUCACUUUGUUGAAAUAACAGAUGAAUGAAAAUUGACUAAUCCAACUUGGAGGUAAUGUUUGAACCUUAUUCUGGUUUAUUUUACUGAUUUUUAUGUUACAUGAAAUUGUAAGAUGCAAUUACAAGUCAAAUAACAAGCCCAUCUUAUCUGUAAUGUUCUCUUUGAUUAUAAACAGUUGUAGAAGGCUAGGGAAAUAUAUAAACAAAAGGCUUACACAGUAUAACUUUGCUUUAAGGUAACUUAUACAGCAUCCAGCAAUCUGUUUUAGUUGAAUGAGGUCAACUGUAGACCCUAGUCUCCAUAAAUUUGCCUUAGUCCUAAUUUGUCUGUACUUCGGCCUCUAAAAUGCCCAUGGACAGUGAGAAAAGAAGAGGGGGUGGGGGGGAUGUGGUUCAUUGUUUGUUUUAAACCUGAUAACUGAUAACUCCUGACUUACUGAUAACUCCAUUUUGAACCUUUCAUUUCUUUUAUUGUUAGAAACAGUUGUUUGUUUUUUCCUUCUUUGUUGUCUGUGCAUUACUCAUGACUUUUCAGCUCCUGCCGUGGUUUUGAUUCCAUUGUUAUGUUCGCCUUCCUUAUGUGCACAAUGUUCAAUUGUCUGUCUUCUAUUACAGCCUGAGAUGGCAUAAUCAAAACUGCAGAGUAUUCAGAGUGUGAGCAUACUGUGGAGGCGUGUAAGUCCUAAUUACAGCUUGUAUUUUGUUCCUCUGCUGUUUUCUCCCACAUCAUCAUGGACUAAAUCCUGUUCUGAGUAUCUCUAAGAACAGGAUCAUCACUUACACUUGCAGUCUGUGCAUGCAGCUGAUCUCAUCCACUUCAUCCACAGCAACUUUUCUUAGGGAAACAUCACUUUUUCCAAAUCAUCACAAUUAUGCCAACCACUUCAUGUUGAGGAGGUGAUACCAGGUAAUCCCAUCAUCAACCUAUGCAGUACGUGAAAAAGAUAAAUUACAUCUUUGUCAUGUGGUCUGAAAUCCUGGACUCCUACCACAAGUUCAGUAACAUUGCAUGAACAUUUCUGUAAUACUUCUAAACUAAUAUCAAUUGUUAGGCAUAUGCAAUAAAAGAGGAAGGCAACUUGUAAAUUACUAUUGCAGAAAAUCCACAAACUGGUAUAUAUCUGCUCUUCUAGAGCCAGCAGUCAUUCACACCGCCAGUGAGAUCUUGAUAGAGGCAUUUACUCACAUUUACUCUUGAGUUCUGCCUAAGGAGGAACCACUUAGGCUCUCUGUGUCUUCAGCCCAAAAUCAUAGUUGGACAAAAAAUUCCCAUGGGCCAACAAACUCUGACCUGGAUAAAAUUGAUUAGAACAACAAGUGCAAAUGUUGUAAACACAUUACUGUAAUCACUAUUGUAAAAACUUCCCACCACAGAAAUACAAAACCCAUGGUUCCUACAUGCACAUCCCAGCAUAUGCAUCCGCCAGUGUGCCAAAUGCUUCCAAAGGUAUUGUGUGUGUGAUGCCAAAUACACAUUGCCCUGAUAAAAGCCGAACCUUGGUACUUUUAAAAUGCAAGAAAAGAAAAAAAAAAAGGG